AUUGCAGAAGAGUUUGUAGCUCAUGGGGCGAGCGUUACGUGUCUGGCAUUGGGCCAGAAGUCGGGCCGAGUUAUGGUCACCGGAGGUGAGGACAAAAAAGUGAACCUCUGGGCGAUUGGCAAACAAAAUUGUAUUAUGAGCUUGACCGGACACACAACUGCUGUCGAAUGCGCCAAAUUCAGCCAAAAUGAAGACCUGGUCUGUGCCGGAUCUGCUUCGGGAGCACUCAAAGUAUGGGAUUUAGAAGCGGCCAAAUUACUUCGGACACUAACCGGACAUAAAACUAAUGUCCGGUGUCUAGACUUUCAUCCAUACGGAGAUUUCGUGGCCUCUGGUUCUUUCGAUACGAAUAUUAAAUUAUGGGAUAUUCGCAAAAAGGGUUGUAUGUAUACAUAUAAGGGCCACUCGAAAGAUGUUCACUGUCUUAGGUUUAGUCCUGACGGUCGAUGGUUGGCAUCGGGCGGAGACGAGGGCUCUGUUAAGUUAUGGGAUUUACCGGCGGGUAAAAUGUUGGCUGAAUUGAAAGGCCAUUCGAGUGCCAUCACUGACGUAGCCUUCCAUCCAAACGAGUUUCUAUUGGCGAGUUCUAGCGCUGACGGAACCAUCAAAUUCUGGGACUUAGAGAGCUUUCAACAGGUGUCGAGUACUGUCAACGACGCCGGACCCGUCCGACAGAUCAUCUUUCACUCCGAUGGAAAAGCCAUCUUCAGUGGAGCGCGAGAUGUUUUGAAGGUGUACGGCUGGGAACCGGCGCGUACUUACGAUACGCUGAUCAUGGGUUGGGGCAAAAUCAGUGAUUUGUCUGUUUGCGAUUCGCAACUCAUUGCCGGCGGGUUUUCGUUGACA